ACUGCAGUGUGUGUGUGUGUGUGUGUGUGUAUGUGUGUGUGAUCAGCGCUUAUCUGUCUGCCUGUCUGUCUCGGAUCUUGCCCAUGCAGCAGUCUGCAGUCUAGCCCUGUCCCUGUGGAUGGAGCAGAAGUUCUGCCGGACUCGCUCUCCCACCCGUAACGCGUUUCUCACCCGAGCGGCAGGAUGUCGGCGGUGAGAGCUGCUGCACUGCUGGUGUGUGUGUGUCUCCUGCACAGCGUCUCUGCCCUACAGCUUCAGCCUGACAUGCCGAAUGUGUGUGAGGAGCAGGAGGUGCAGAUGAUGGGAGUGCCCCAGCCAUGUGUUCAGGCUUUCACACGCAUGGCGAAGGUCUGGAGACAGGGCUGUUCUUCUCAACGUUGGUGCAUGGGCUAUGAAAGGAGGACAGCCUACUUGACAGCAUAUAGACAGGUGUACAGCAUGCAGCGGCAGACUGUUUACAAAUGUUGUCCCGGGUGGACGCGGAGAGGAGACGAGGCAGGGUGUUUACACCGACUGUGUUCUGCGGAUACCUGCUUUAAUGGUGGCAGGUGUUCACACACGGGGGACCAAGUGUGUGAGUGUCCAGCUGGCUUUCAGGGAACACGCUGUCAGUACGAUGUGAACGAGUGUGAGAACUCAAACGGAGGAUGUGAGGGGACUUGUUGCAACACCAUCGGCAGUUUCUACUGUAAAUGCCCUGAGGGCAGCACACUCGGACCGGAUGGCAAAACCUGCCAGGAUAUUGAUGAGUGUAAGGAAAUGAACGGUGGCUGUCAGCAGACCUGCGUCAAUACCCUCGGCUCGUACUACUGCGAGUGCGGUGAGGGUUUUCGCGUGCACGCAGAUGCUCGCACGUGCAUAGCUGUGAACUCUUGCGCGAUAAAGAACGGAGGUUGUGAGCAGAGGUGUCUGGACCUUGGAGACCAACAAUACAAGUGUGAAUGUCGUCCUCGGUACCGACUCAAGAGUGACGGCAAACACUGCGAGUUAAAGGACCCGUGUUUGGAGAGUAAUGGUGGAUGUGCGCAGUUGUGCAGUAAUGAUAACCUAGAUAGACCGGGAUACACACUCGCUGAAGACCACAAGAGAUGUGACGACGUGAAUGAGUGUGUAUCUGUUCGGACCGGGUGUGCUCACGGCUGCGUGAACACUCCGGGCUCCUUCAGGUGUAUGUGCAACCCUGGAUUUGAGCUUGGCGUAGAUGGGAAGCAGUGCUAUCGAAUUGAGAUGGAGAUAGUAAACGGCUGUGAGAAGGAUAAUGGAGGCUGUGCACACCAGUGUGAACACACUAACAUCGGGCCCGUCUGCUCCUGUAACCGGGGCUAUGAGCUCGCCGAUGACCUCAGGAUGUGUAUAGACAUGGACGAGUGUGAAACUCAGGAGGCAUGUUGUCACCACGACUGUAAGAACUACCCAGGAGGGUACGAGUGUAGCUGCAAGCCGGGAUACACGCUCGGCAUAGACGGCUGCGCCUGUAGUGAUGUUAACGAGUGCGAAUUCGAAACAUCAGGCUGUAAUCACUACUGCAUCAACAUGCCAGGAUCGUAUGAGUGUUUCUGCAGGGAGGGCUUCCGUCUGGACCACGACCAACACACCUGCAUUCCUCUAUAUGAGAGUGAUCUUGAGCCCGAAGAAGAAGAAGAAGAUGAGUCAGAGGGCGACGAAGAAGAACUGGAAGUGCUCCGUCUUCCCGACCUGCUGUUCCGGCGUCCCCCUCAGCUCCUGCAGUACACCGCAGCGCUUCACUCACCUUAUGACCCCGAAGACACACACGCGUCGUACUCGGGACACACACGGAGCCGAGAGCAAAGAGGAGAACUCAAAGUGAUUAGCAAGAUCAUGUGUGUGGCAGGCUCAUUUGGUUCAGAUUGCAGUCUAGGCUGUGAAGACUGUGUGAACGGAGGUGUGUGUGGAGAGGAGAGAGAUCGCUGUGUUUGUGCACCUGGCUGGACCGGCAUCACCUGCAACCAGACAUGUGCGGAGGGGACGUAUGGUGUUGGCUGUAACAGUGUGUGUGCAUGUAAGAACGGUGGACACUGUGAUCCAGUCAGCGGGAAGUGUAUCUGUCCUCCUGGAGUCCAAGGCCUGAACUGUGAAGAUGGAUGUCCUCAGGGCUUUUUCGGGAGGUUCUGUCGGAGAAGAUGUAACUGCCCCAAUAAUGGACGUUGUCACCGUGUGUAUGGAGGGUGUUUCUGUGCGGCGGGACUAUAUGGAAAAUUUUGCCAUCUGUCUUGUCCCAGGUGGACGUACGGCAGUGGAUGUUCGCAUGACUGUGACUGUGUUGAGGAAAAUUCCCGCGGAUGUGACGCCCAAAACGGGACGUGUACCUGCAAGCCUGGAUACCACGGCAACCGCUGCCAGGCAGAGUGUAAUGCUGGUUCACACGGCACUGACUGCCGCGGGCGUUGUGACUGUCCUGACGGUGUAACGUGUGACCCGAGAACAGGAAAGUGUCAGGAAAGAUGCCCUCCUGGAUUUCAUGGAGAGGAAUGCCAAGUGGCAUGCCUUGCAGGAUUGUACGGGUCAGGGUGUGUGUCUCGCUGUACUUGCCCCUUGAACAUCAGCUGUGACCCUGUGACAGGAGAAUGUACAUGCCCUCCGGGAUACACAGGGCACAACUGUUCUGCAGUGUGCGCGGCUGGAUUUUGGGGUGCCGCCUGUGCCAGUGCCUGCCAGUGUAUGAACGGUGCGCUAUCCUGUGAGGCCACCAGUGGGCGCUGCCUUUGCAGUCCUGGAUACACCGGCAAGCAGUGCGAACAGAGGUGUCCCGAGAACCGGUACGGUCCAGGGUGCGAAAAGGUUUGUGAGUGUGUGAACGGAGUGUGUGAUCACAUCAGCGGAGCGUGCAACUGCACACCAGGCUGGACUGGGACGUACUGUGAAAAGGUAUGUGAGCAGGGCCGGUAUGGACUGAACUGUUCCCAUAUGUGUGUGUGUCCUGGAUAUCAGCAGCUCUGCCACCAUGUCACUGGCAGAUGCACCUGCCCACCUGGUUACUAUGGCAACCACUGUCACUUGAAAUGCCGAGAAGGCACGUACGGUCCAGACUGCAAAAAGAGAUGCCGGUGUGUCAACAGGGGACGGUGUGACUUCAAGACGGGGGCAUGCCACUGCCCUCCAGGGUAUCUGGGAGCCAACUGCAACACCAGUUGUCCAGCAGGAAGCUAUGGUAAAGACUGUACUAAAGCGUGUGUGUGCGGUGAAGGAGGACAGUGCCACCCGGUGACUGGGAGGUGUAACUGCACGUCGGGGAGGACAGGCUAUUCCUGCCAAGAAGUUUGUCCUAGGGGGCGCUUUGGAGCUCAGUGUCGUGGUGUGUGCGCGUGUGUAAACGGUGGCGUGUGUGACCCUGUCCAUGGAACCUGCAGAUGUGGACUCGGCAGCACCGGCGCGCACUGUGAGGAAGUGUGCCUCACAGGCUGGUAUGGAGCUAACUGCGAACAGAAGUGUGUGUGUCAGAAUAAUGGCACAUGUGACCGCUUUACAGGCUCCUGCUCCUGUGCACACGGAUACUACGGCCCUGCCUGCCAGCACAAAUGCCCUGCUGGAUUUUUCGGCGAGCUCUGCUCACAUCACUGCAACUGCACUCACGCUCAAACAUGCCAUCACGUUACAGGAGAGUGCGAGUGUCCUCCAGGCUACACCGGAGAACGCUGUGAGAAACGAUGUGCAUUGGGCAGCUUUGGUGCUGGUUGUGUACACCAGUGUAAAUGUGUAGAUGGUGUCCCUUGUGAUCCAGUCACGGGCCGAUGCCUUUGUCCCUCAGGAAGGACAGGGGAGGACUGUGAUAAAGAGUGUGUGAGUGGAUCGUUUGGUCCUCAGUGUUCUCUACGGUGUCACUGCGCUCAUGGAGGGCAGUGUGACCAGCGAAACGGGCACUGUGUGUGUUCAUUCCCCUGGCUUGGACCAACUUGUCAGGAUGAGUUUAGCCUGGCUGUCUCGCUUCCACUGAAGAGACGGAGAGGCCUGUAAAACAACGCUUCUUCUAUGGCUGCCAGAAACACACACACACACACACACACACACACACACACACACACACUCAUAUUAACAUUUGUUUAUCCGUGACAGGUUCUUUCGAAACUUUUUGUGUUUAACUACACACACACAUAUUAAGUGCAACUUAAUGACCACUUUAGCCUUUCUUUAUGUGUGUGUGUGUGUGUGUGUGUGUGUGUGUGUCUGUGGUGUAUGACUCUGCAACCACUUAGUUCAUCAGCUGUGUGUAUGAAUGUGCGAUUGAGUCUGAAUUAGCCGUGCGCUCCUGACAUCGUCUGCCCAGGAAAGUAACGUGUGUGUAAUUCAUAUGUGUGCACGUGUGUGGGAGUGUGUGUGCAUAAAUUUCCGAGGCAUCCUAUACUUUUUAAACCAUGGCAAUCAAAACGUGCAACAGCCCAUGAAGCCACAAGAUCCGUGCAAUUUGACAUUUUACAAGCCACACAAAUGCAGCCUUGGUCGUUCAUUUCACUACAUCCAAACACAAUAUAACACAAAACACUCCUCUCCAUAAAUGCAGAAUAAAACACACACACACACACACACUGUGGCACAAAGGUGCUGGACAGGUACAUUUCUGUUCCCUGAGGUCCAAAUCGUAAAGAGUUUUUAAAUCCUCGUUUAAAGAUACACCAAUGGUUCUGUUACAUAUUUCCUCUACAGUUGUACAUAUAGAACUUUUCUGGAUUCCCAAAGUUGUAAAUCAUACUAAAGUAACGGUGCUAAAAUUAAGCAGGACUUCACACACUCGAGCUCAACCCUUUGUGCACAUUCCAGAAAUUAAUUUCAUCCAUGUCUAAUUAGUUAUCAGAGCUAAUGCACGUUUGGCCGGGUCUAUAUCUCAAACAAUAAAGCAAACGAAGUGCUAGCAGACUUUCCUGAUAAACAUUUUCAGAUAAACAAGUCAUGGUUGUGGAAAAGUGUGUGGAAGAGCGAUUACUGUUUUUCUUAUCAUGUACAGCCAAAAAUAUUUUAUUCUACAAAAUGUGUGUGUGUGUUGGAUUGAAGAUAAAUUAGCAGUAUUGCGUAUGAAAAGUAUGUUUUUUUUUUUUGUUUUGUUUUGUUCGAUAUAAUGAUUGCGCGUCCAUCCAGUUAAUGUGUUUCAGGUUCUUUAUGUAUUUCCUGUGAUGUGAUUCCUGUGACAAGCGCGACUGAUAUCCAGUUACUCGGCACGGUGUCUGAGUGACGUUGUGUAAAUUGUUAAAAGCGAGCUGUCCGGCUUUGGUCUGAUUGCUGUAAACGAAGCCUCGAAAGAUCAGUGAUCCACCGACGCUUACACGCCAAACAGCUCUAAUCCGUAAGCCUACAAAUGGCCUGUCCUCGUACCGUACUUUCAACAAGAGAGUGUAAAAAAUGAGAUGCGAAAGACGGAUGUAGUUUGUCUCCUGUAAUUCUUGUGUUUACUUUUAUUUAUCGAAAUGAAAAUACUGUCUCGUUGAUCAAAUCUCUCAGUGAAUGAAAUGGUGCUACAGUAAAUAAUUGUUGUGAGGUUUGAAUUAAAUACUGU